AUGGGACAGCGAGUUACUAAAGUCAGUCCGAUGACUGUUGGUGAGGUGUACGAACAACAUCUUAGUACACCCCCAACACCCAGCACCAACAGGGCGGUUCACCAUCCUCAUCCUCGCGAUGAGACCCCUGUUGACUACAUCUUCAGCCGCUACACCGUUGGCGAUCAGCUGGGGAAAGGUGGAUCCGGCGUGGUGUACGAAGGGAGACGUUUGGAUGAUGAUCUUAAAGUGGCUUUAAAAUAUGUCACUAAGACCGAGAACACGGAAUGUAUUUUCAUUCCUGAUCAUCCAAACCCCCUUCCAAAAGAAAUCGCCCUCACCAUCCUGGCAAACAAAGGUCCCAGCGUGCCAGAGAUCAUCAGGCUGCUGGACUGGACGGACCACCCUGACCACUUCGUAAUGGUCCUCGAAUGUCCCUCUCCCUGUGAGAAUCUUCAUCAGUUCAUCAGGCGUCACGGUGGAAGCCUCGACGAAGAAACAACAAGGCAGAUCAUGAGGCAGGCAGCUCACGCUGCAAACAUGUGCUGCCUCCGCAGAGUGCUCCACCGUGACGUCAAACUGCAGAACUUGCUGAUAAACAGGGAGACAUCCGAAGUCAAGCUGAUUGACUUCGGAUGCGGGGACAUUCUGAGGAGGACACCGUACAGGUCAUACAGCGGCACAGCAGCGUACUCCCCUCCAGAGUACCACAGCAGGGGGAAGUACUACGGCGGGCCAGCGACGGUCUGGUCUCUGGGAAUUCUGAUGUUCACAUUGUUAUGUGGACGUUUCCCUUGUGACUACGACCUGUUCCUGCUGGAGUACAAACAGAGGUCCAAACCCGGCCUGUCGAAAGAAUGCUGUGACCUCCUCAGGCGUCUCCUCCAUGAGAAGCCAAGUCGGCGACUUGGUCUGGGGCAAAUUAUGUCCCACAACUGGUUUAAGGUAGUGAAUAUAAAAUCAGCUAAAAAGAAUUAA